GGGGGUGACGCACAGGCGGAGGACUUCUACCAAACUCCUCCGUUUUUUGCCGUCUAAAAGUCUCCGUGAUCGCGUUGAUCCGGUUUGGAGAUUCUUUAGCGACGGAUUAUGAACCUUUGCGGUCAUUGGUUGACCUCGGAUGGACGUUUGAAGCAGCCAAACUAAACCAAAAGUGCGUUUUUCCAACCAAGAGGCGCACGAGAUCUACGGACGUAACCGGAGAUUUUACUUUUGGAUUUUUUUCAGUUUUAAGUUUUUUUUUUCCAGGAAUGUGAGUCUACCGGGCCCUCUUGGACCCGUUAACGUUUUCACUUUUAUCCCGGGAUAAAUCCACUUUUUAUUAGUUUGUUUGCUCUGAGUUCACCAUGCUGGCGAACACGGCGCUUUACGCAGCGAAGAAACGGAAGAAGCCGGUGCAGAAAAUCCCCAAACCUCCGCCUCCCGAUGGCGCCAAGUCCAACCCGUCCAAACGCCACCGCGACCGCCUCAACGGCGAGCUGGAUAAACUCACCAGCCUGCUGCCCUUCACCGAGGAGGUCCGGGCUCGGCUGGACAAACUGUCCGUGCUCCGGCUCAGCGUCGGCUACCUGAAGGUCAAGAGCUUCUUCAACGGUGAGUUUGUAAACGGGUUCACGGCGUGUUUUUACCGACUUGUAGACGCACUUUUCCCACACUUGACAGGAAACAUACAGAAGGGGCUACAUCCUCAAUGUAAGGCAGCUGCUGUGUGAGAGGAUGUGAUAUUUCUGCAGGAACGGGAAGGAGGAAGAAAAGUGUUGGAAGAUAUAUUUUAUCACUUUUUUGCUGUCUAAGCCUGA